GCGGCGGCGGCGGCGGCAUGGCCGUGUGGACCCGGGCAUGCAAAACGGGGCUGCUGGAGCUGCUGCUGCGGGAACGUUGGGUGCGGGUGGCGGCGGAGCUGAGCGGCGAAGCGCUGAGCCUGACGGCGGAACCGGGAGGCGGCGAAGCGGCGGUGCUUAACGGCGUGGUUAACGGCAACGCGGAGGCAGCGCCCGGUUGCGUGCGGAGGGUGCGGGUGGUGAAGGCGGAGGCGGGAGGGCUCGGUAUCAGCAUCAAGGGAGGUCGGGAGAAUCGCAUGCCGGUGCUCAUCUCACGUAUCUUCCCGGGGCUGGCGGCGGAACGGAGCGGGGCGCUCCGUCUGGGCGACGCCAUCCUCGCCGUUAACGGCGUCGAUCUCCGGGAUGCCACCCACGAUCAAGCCGUCCAGGCGCUGAAGAGAGCCGGCAGGGAGGUCAUCCUCGAAGUGAAGUUCAUGCGGGAGGUGACCCCCUACAUCAAGAAGCCCUCGCUGGUGUCGGACCUGCCGUGGGAGGGGGCUGCCCCGCAUUCGCCCAGCCUGAGCGGCAGCGAGGACUCAGGCUCCCCCCAGCACCAGGGCCCCCGCGACCGCAAGGUGAUCCCCCUGAAGAUGUGCUUCGCUGCCAGGAACCUCAGCAUGCCCGACCUGGAGAACAGGCUGAUCGAGCUGCACUCGCCGGACAGCAGGAACACCCUGAUCCUGCGCUGCAAGGACACGGCGACGGCCCACUCCUGGUUCACGGCCCUGCACGCCAACAUCGCCGCCCUCCUGCCCCAGGUGCUGGCCGAGCUCAACGCCAUGCUGGGCACCGGCGGCGCCGCGGCCGGCGGCAGGGAGGUGAAGCACAUCGCCUGGCUGGCCGAGCAGGCGCGACUGGAUGGAGGGCGACAGCAGUGGCGGCCGGUCCUCAUGGCGGUGACGGAGAAGGACCUGCUGCUGUACGAUGGCAUGCCCUGGACCAGGGACGCCUGGGCCUCCCCCUGCCACAGCUACCCGCUGGUGGCUACCAGGCUGGUCCACUCGGGCUCGGGCCGCCGCUCGCCCGCCCUGGGCUCGGAGCUCACCUUCGCCACCCGGACGGGCUCUCGCCAGGGGGUGGAGAUGCACGUCUUCCGCGUGGAGACCCACCGGGACCUCUCCUCCUGGACACGCGUCCUCGUCCAGGGCUGCCACGCCGCCGCCGAGCUGAUCAAGGAGGUGUCUGUGGGCUGCACGCUGGGCGGGCAGGAGGUGCAGCUCUCCAUCCACUACGAGGGCGGCUUCACCAUCUGCCGGGAGGAGCCGGGCGGCAGCGUCCUCUUCCGCUACCCCUACGAGAGGCUGAAGAUGUCGGCGGAUGACGGCAUCAGGACCCUCUACCUGGACUUCGGGGGCCCCGAGGGGGAGCUGGCGCUGGACCUGCACUCCUGCCCUAAGCCCAUCGUCUUCAUCCUGCACACCUUCCUCUCGGCCAAGGUCACCCGCAUGGGGCUGCUGGCGUAGGUGGCCCCGGCCCCCACCCGCCUGCCCUCAUCACAAACCAGCCAGGAAAAGCGGAGGGACCCCCCCCCAUCGCCCCUUCUGCCCCACCAGUGCCUUGCCAGGGCUGGGAUUCUCCGGGGCUAUGGCAGGACGGCUGCCCUGGGCGGGGGGUGAGCCUCUCCUGCUCCACACCAGCGGUCCUGGCCCCCGCGGUGCCGGGGGGGCCGGGGCACAGACACCAGCUUUAAUUCCCCUGGGCCUGAAGCCAUCACUGAUCUCACCGCCUGUGCCUUGGAGGGGGGCGAGCCUGGCCCCCCUGCACUGGGGGACCCCAGGAGUUCCCCCCACCCACGUCUGGGGGAGCCAGCACCCUCCCUGCCUUGGGACUUCCCCCCGCAAAGGGGGUCACGUUGUCCCUGCACGGGAUGGGGCUUGGGCCAUGAGCCCCCCCCAUUGCUGCAGCACGGGGUCCCCUUGCCCCGCUCAGGGUGGGGGACACACACUUGUCUUACUCGGGGCACUCAUGGGUACAAAAGGGGCUGCCCUGAGCCCUGGGGGGGGGGCUCAUCCCUGUGGCACUCCCUGGGGUGCAGGCAGGGGCUCAGCCCCCCCCGCCUUGUGCCCGCGGGGCUGGGGCAGGCGCAGCAGUGACCCCCCGAACCUCCCAAAGCCAGAAAACGAAUACUGUGUCGCUGCUGCCGAGGGGCUGGGGCUGCCCGGGGAGCCCCCCAGGGCUGCCACCCCCCGAGCUGUGCUGUCCCCACAGCCCCCCCAGAUGCUGCAGCCUGUGCCCCCCUGCCCGGGAGCUGCUACGUGGGUCUGCCCCCACGCUGCUGGGGGGGCUCGCGGGCCCCUGUGGGUUUGGGGCAGGACGUGUAGAUUGAUGCACUUUCGCUUUUUGUACUUUCUCUCCCCUCAGGGGGGGCAGCUCCUGCACGCCGGGGUGCUGGGGGGAGCCCCGGGCACGGUGGGAGUGGGACCCCCCCAGGGUUCCCCCCUCCCGGCUGAGGCCCCGUUACCCCUCAGCCAGACUCCUCUGCACAUUUUUCUGCUUCCCGUGGGGCUGUGCCGGCCCGGGGGUGCCGGGGGGGUUCCCAGGGGAUGCCGUGGGGUGCCAGCCCCCCCAGCCUGGGGUUGCGGCUUGCACACAAGCACUACAGGUCCCGACCACCACCCCCCACCCCGCCCCCCCGCUGCACCGGCUCUGGGUGCC